AGAGACUCUUCCUUUUGCCGAGACGACCGCGGAGAGGGGAAGCCGAUCUCCGAUUGGGCAGUGUGGACAGCCGCCCCGGCAUUGGUGGUACCACUCCAUUUGGAUGCUAGCAUCUCGGUCCCUGAUGGGCUGUACAAAGAAGUAGGAAUGGCCAAAAAGAAAACUUGGACCAGAUCAAGCGUACACAAAAGGAAUUCGUGCUGGAGGUGACACGAUGUCAAGGGUGUUGAGGGAUCCAUUUUUGAGAUCUGAAAGAAGCAAAUAUCCAGCGACCGGGAAGAAGCACAGACGGCCUCCUGUAAAAUCCACAAGAAGGUCACGGGGAGCCACGUGUGACAUCAUGAGGAGGACGGGCUGAAGGAUGCCCGCAUGCCUCCGUGGGGAGGGGGUCUCAGGGUCCUCCUCCUCAGAGACUUCCAUUCCUUUGCAAUCCCAGGGUGAGGGGGUGGUCUUUCAGAAGAGAACCCUUUUGAAAUAAGGAGCCCCACUCGGGUCCGGGGACAACUAGCCAGGCGGGGGCUACCCGCCACAGACAUAGCUGUUCGCGAAAAGAAGGCUCUGAGUUAUGGAAGCCGUGGACAAGAUGUUUUAAAAGCAGAGCCUGAAGGCUAAGAGGAGCUGCAUGAGCAUCAGAAUGUUUGUGAGUGGCCGAAGAGUCAAGAAAUGGCAGUUUGUGCAGCUGUGUGCCACUUGCUUCUUACUGAGCCUCAUGUUCUUUUGGGGACCCCUCGAUAAUCACAUUAUGAGCCAUGUGAAGUCCUACUCUUACAGAUACCUCAUAAACAGCUACACCUUCGUGAAUGACAGCCUGUCCCUCAGACACAGCUUGGACAGCGUGGCCAGCUUCCAGUACUUGAUUAAUCACAAGGACAAAUGUCGUGACCAAGAUGUGCUUCUUUUGCUCUUUGUAAAGACCUCUCCCGAAAACCGUAACCGUAGGGACGCCAUUAGAAAAACAUGGGGUAAUGACAGAUAUGUUCGGUCUCAACUGAAUGCCAACAUCAAGACCCUCUUUGCAUUAGGGAGUCCUAGUAACCCUCUACAUUCUGAGAGAGAGAGACUGCAAAAUGAGCUUUUUAUAGAAGAUCAAGAGUAUAAUGAUUUAAUUCAGCAAGACUUCAAUGAUACUUUCUACAAUCUUACUCUGAAAUUGCUUUUGCAGUUCAGAUGGAUGAACAUGCACUGUGCACAUGCCAAAUUCGUCAUGUCAGCGGAUGAUGACAUAUUUAUCCACAUGCCAAAUCUUAUUGAAUACCUUCGAAGUUUAGAACAAAUGGGUGUUCAGGAUUUCUGGGUAGGACGAGUCCAUAGAGGGUCCCCUCCCGUAAGGGAUAAGAGCAGCAAAUAUUAUGUCCCAUAUGAAAUGUAUCAUUGGCCAUCUUACCCGGACUACACAGCUGGAGCAGCCUAUGUGAUAUCCAGUGAUGUAGCAGCCAAGGUAUACGAAGCAUCACAAACACUCAAUUCUAGUCUUUACAUAGAUGAUGUGUUCAUGGGCCUGUGUGCCAACAAAAUGAAAAUUGUCCCACAGCAUCACGUAUUUUUUUCUGGGGAAGGAAAAGCUCCCUAUCAUCCAUGCAUUUAUGAAAAAAUGAUAACAUCUCAUGGACAUGUGCAAGACCUUCAGGACCUGUGGGAGGCAGCAACAGAUUCUGAAGUCAAAACAAUUUCUAAAGGCUUUUUUGGCCAGAUAUACUGUAGGUUGGUUAAAAUAAUGCUUCUUUGCAAAAUUAAAUAUGUGGACACCUAUCCUUGUAGAGCAGCAUUUUACUAAUAGUACUUGAAUAUUGUCUUAAACAUCACUGAGCCAAACCUGAAAGAAAACCUUUCAAUGUUUACCCAACUCCAAAGUGAAUAUGGAAAACAAAUGUUUUGAAAGCUAAGCCUAUCAAAAUGUUUCUUUGAUUUAAAAUAUAUAUAUCCACUCUAAAACUUCUAUUUUAUAGCCUAAAGUUUUAUAUUCCAACUUAAGGAAUUUAGGACUUGUGAAACAAAAAUAAAAAUGAAGUCUUCACUUAAUGCCCCAUGUAUUUUAAAGUACAGAGAGUUGUUGGGUUUUUUACUAACUCUAACUUGGAAAAACACCAUUUUAAAGAAAUCUGGUAUGUCCAUGUAAUAGUGAAACACAACUUAAAAUAAGAGUACUUCAGGGAAGGAAAAUGAACCUGACAAAUAUUUGUGAUGGGGAGCUGUCAAUGAGGGCCCGACAGAUUUGGUCAUUUAGAAAAAGAUUUACACGGAAAAACGGCAUGUCAUUGAAACAGAUAUUGGCAAAAUAAUUUUUGUUUCACAUCAAUGUGGUAAUAAUCUCUAAAUAGUGUUAGACUAGUUUAUAAUCUACUGACUUUUUCUCCCUAAAGAUUUAUGAGAAAGAAACAUUUUGGCUCAGAUUCAAUCUAGUUCAGUAGACUGAAUCUAGCCCACUUGUGGAAACAGGUGUCACAAAGGGUGGGAUUUCUUAAGACAACCCGUUAUGGCAAACCCUUAAUAAACUUUGUCUUUUCCCUUGGAGAAAAAAAAAAAAGAGAAAGAAACAUUUUUUUCUGUACUGUUCUAAUCUGUGCUCUUCAAAAUUUAAGCAUGUCUGAAUUUGAAUAGGAAGAAACACCACAAAAAAUGGCCUGCUUGCCCAUGAAAUCCUUCCUUUUCUAGGGGGAAAUUAUGGUAUAUUCUAAUUUUAGUAAGCUUUUAUUUUAUUGACAUUUUGGAUUGAUACCUUAAAAUCUUUUUUUCAAAACAAAAUUGAGUAUAAAAACUAUUAGUGGCUUAGGAAACAGGUAUUAUUUCACAGAAAAAAAAAACUAAAAACAAAAACUUUGGGCUGAUGGUUUUAAGGAUGAAACUGCUAUCAAAGAAAACUAGCAGAAAAUUUUCAAAAGGAAAGGGUAGCUACAUAUAAAGUCUCUUCUGUUUUUCCCAUGUAACACAUUUAAAUGAUUUAGCAUCUACACAUUAAUCUUAAAAGGAAAAAAAAUUAAGGAGUUAGUAGGAAAGAUCCAUCAGAGCAAAAUUAUUUUAAUCCAUAAAUUCUGUAUUGACUAUAUACUCUAUUUCAAAUUGGAUGCACAUUUUGAUUCAAUUAAAUCUCACAAUCUCCAGCAUUAAAAUCUUCCUCAUUACAGCAAAACUAUUGUCAACAGCAGACUUCACUUUUUCAGUAUUUCAGACUAGAAAGCAAAACAGGCUCUUACUUUGAUAGAAAGUUGGCAAAAUUGGGACCGACAGUGAAUGUAAGACUAACUCAAAGGAGUAAAGGUAUGAUGAUUACAUCCUAAUAGAACAAGGGUAUGCCUAAUGUUGUACCUCAAUGCCUGGUUUUUAAAUAGCAGGGAUAAAACUAAACAUGAAUCAAUUUCCUGCACAAUCUAUUGCAAAGGAAAUAUAUGCAGGUCAAAAUGGUGAUUCUUUAAAAUGAAAACUAUAGUAUAGAUGCGCUCUGAAGUGGUCUUAACAUAUAUGGCUGCAGAAAAUGCUUAAUCUCAAUUAUUAAACUAUUUCACCAAUGGAUGUAGCCUGAAAUAAGCAAAAGUAAACUUCCCUUCUAUACACCUGGCUCAUUAUGUAUUUAAUUUAGCUGUUUACCGGCAGAUAAGUCUGUUUUUCUAUUCCCUAAAGUAAGGCUUGUUUACAUUGCUCAGGCAGUAAUUUAAUUUACUUAAUCCAGUGUUGAAUGAAAUAACAUAUAAUAAUUAUAGAUAAGUUCCUGGUAGAUCUAAAUUACAGUAGGACUUUUAUAUCAUUAGAUUUAAGUUUUCCUUGCCAUUUUCAAUACUGCGAAUGAUACAUAGCUUUUAAUAAAGACAGGUUUAUACUUUGUGAUCACUUUCCACUAGUUGGUGAUUGAGAUUGAUAUCCCUUUGACUUUUAGAUAUGUGCUGUAACUUGUGGCUAUUUAAAUUUGCCAUUGGAUAAAAAUAUCAAUGUUUCCCUGACCAUUGAAAUGCUCUUGUGUUUACAGCAGGUCUGUGUGUUGAUUACAGCAAGUCUGUUUAGUUAAACAAUUAUUUAUUUGCUUUAAAAGGAUUCUCUUGUGCUUUACUGUUCAUGGUUUAUUAUUAUUAUUCAAAAUAGAAAUGAAACUUGUUUGAAUCUAAAGGAAAUAUGAAGGCACUCCUUUUAAAGAAUGGAGUUGCUAGAAACUUUCUUAAAUCUUUAGUAUUUACAAAUAAAAGGAUUCCAACCUUUUAAAAAGGAAGGAAAUAAAACCUGCUGGUGCUCCGAUGCAGGGCUGUCAUGGUGUGAAUUUUGUCAUUACUGAAAUUUUCAAAAUCAGCCUGGAUGGUCACUUGAGUAGCAGUUUUGAGAUGAUUGCACACAGUGUUAUUGCUGAAAUUUGUUUUUACCUCUGGUUGUUUUUGUAUCUUUUUUCCUUAUUGCUGAUUUUAUACAAAAAUGUAAAAUAUUUAUAUUCUUCAAACUUUGCAUUGAUACUGCAAAAGAGA